AUGAACUUCCUUACUUUCCUCCUUUUCUCGGCGGUCGUCGUCCAAGCAGAUCCCGCCAGUCUGCCUUUUACUGAUUGCUUUUCGGGCGAUGGAGCACGCAAAUUGACGGUGUCCACGGUUUACGGCCAAGUCGUUCGAGGCAUCGACGGGCAGUCGAAAACAGGCUUAAAUCUCACAAUAUUUGGCGAAAACCCCCAAGAAAUAGUGGGAUCAUCUAGUUCAAGUUUAUCGACACUCUUCACGGCGACAACCGUUCUGACAUUGGGUGUGUUCUCGAACGCAACCUGGUUCUGUAAUCCUCUCCGCCCACCAAAUGCACAACCUCUUCCUGCGGAGAAUGCGUCGUAUUGCCCUCUUGCCGCAGGACCCUUUGCGUUUGGAUCACCUGUGAUAUGGGGAGACAACCGCGACCUUACCACUCUAACGACUCGGCUACGCGCGGUAGACGAAUCCAGUAACGAACUCAUCUGUUUGGACGUGUCGGCUACACCUUUGGAGCCCACAGAAUCAUCACCGUAUGGAGAAGCCGUGGCGAUAUUCUGGAUGACAGUAGGGCUUGCGCUGGCGUAUUGGCUUGUCGUAGGGAUUGCUAGGAUUGCGUCUGCGUGGAACAGAGGAGUGAAACGGCCAGACAAGGGCAUUUGGUCAAGAGCUCAGAGUGCGGGCUUCAUUCUAGCUAGUGCCAUCAGCGGGGAGCGGUUAGCGACAUCACCUGCACUUCUUCGCUUCUGUACGCCCUCCCUCCGUGACAUAUUCUUUCAUACCCAGUGGUGUGCCGUGUUGGCCAUGGUUGCCGUCGAAUGGCCUCAAUUUGUUUACCCUCUGUUGACCCAGACGGCAUGGUCGACCUUGACAUAUAAUAUAACUGUAACAAGCUCUGGCGCGCACUGGGAUCCUCUUUCAACCCAGCCAUUUAAUCCCUCCGCUUCAUUUGCUGCCCAAACCUCCGACCCUUCUUCACCUCUAUACAUCGACCCCACAAUCCCUAAUGUUCUAUUCACCCUUCCCACCAACGCUUCCCACGGGAUGGAAUCUUUCGCGUACUCCGUUGGUGUCAGGCCUCAAGACCUCUUCUCAAUCUGCCUCGUGCUCUUCCUCGGUAUCAUUGGCGGGACUAUUGUGAUAAGUUUCUUCGUAUGGCUAGUUGACUACAUCGCAUUGUUCUUCGUUCGCAUGGUAGCCAAGCAUGGUCCUGGACAUCCGAGAUUAGCUGGCGCUCGCAGCCCCGGGUACACCAGCAAAGAUCUACUGGAUGCCUCGUCCCCAGUCCCCAUGACGGGCCAGAACCUUGAAGACAACAAGUCGCUCACUGGCCACGGUGGAAAUGGCCUUUUCAGCCCUCCCUCGCGAUUCGGUCUGUCCACAACCAGUGGGAAGGGCUUUUGGAGGUCCCACUUCCAUAUUCGCAAGGAUAUCAAUUCCUUCCACGGUAGCGUCCUACAAGGAAAUCUGGUCAGAGUUCUGGUCAUAUUUCACCUCCCUAUCACUAUAUUUUCUUGUUAUCAAAUGACCCUUCGGCACACUCGACCCGACAUACCAACCCCAAUGUCCUCGGUCAUUCUCGCGGCGCUUUCGUUCGCCUUCUUGUCGCUUCUCAUCCCCGCCUUCCUCGUUGUGCGUGUCACGAUGACCACUACCAACAAACUGUACGACGAAACGCGCACCCUACUCUCCCUCGGGCCGUUAUACAACCACUACCGGCACGGCUCACAAAUGUUUGCCAGUCUGUUGUUCGCGUCCAAUAUCGCAUUCGGUGUAGCUAUCGGAUGCGGACAAAACAGCGGCACGGCUCAGGCUAUCGUCAUUCUCGUUAUCGAAGUCGUCUCCGCGCUAGUGACUAGUAUUUGGUUACCUUGGGGUACUGGGGCUAGCAUGGGUUUAAUCAGUUUCCUCUUCUGCGUCGCAAGAAUAGUUGUUGCUGUCCUUCUUGUCAUUCUCACGCCAACGAUUUCAAUAGGCAGGGGCCCAGGUGCUUGGGUUUCCUAUGGUAUUUUGGUAAUCCUCGCUCUGGUGUAUCUCGCGCUGGUCGCCAUGUUGCUGGUGAAGCUUUUGGAGGCCACCAUACGGAUAUUUGGUCGUAUACCAUUUGACCGCAGUACUCACGUCGUGGACAGCGGGCUGCUUGGUGCAUGUGGCUUACUCGGCUGCUGUGGACCUCGCAGACGCCGCCGCCGCCGCCCUAGAAGAAACCGCUACAAAGCCGCUGAAUCUGCCCGAUCCGAGGGUGCACCUUCAGAAAGGUCGUCAUACAUGCCGCCAAACGUUCUCGGCGCCCAUGAUGACGGCACUGGAUCGAGGAAGGGUUCCAUGCAUUCGGGACAACCCCCAUCUGUGCUAAAACCAGAGCAGGCACUGCGACCAUACAAAGAGGAUAGCGACGACGAAAAUGGUUACAUCAUGGGGGCAUGGCAGCCGUUCCCUCGGCCGGGCUAUAGUACGCUUCGGGAUACACCCUCGCCCGUGGUGAACAAACCGUCUGGGUUCUCAAGAGUAGGUGGCGGACGAGCCCAUAUCGAUAGCCCAUAUGCUAUCACGGCGUCUGGGUCCACUCAUACAUUUCCAUCAUCGAGCUCUCCGCAGAACGCUGCUGGUGGGAGCGCACUCCCUGUGUUUGAUGACGAUGAUUCGCCACCUCCUUCUUUGUCCAAUGUCGCCCGAUAUCAAGAUCAUGCUCUCCCUCCAGGUGCCAUGCAACCAAUUUCGCAUAUCCGCACGAAGUCUCAAACAGCUAUAAUUGAGGACGCUUCCGCCUUGGUCCUUACCGUUCCUUCAUCGUCCAAAAACCGAAUCGACGACGAUGACGACGAAGACUCAGAUACGGCGCAACCCAAGAAGAAGCCGUGGUAUCAUCUUCGUCGCCAUCGGCCGCACAGUAGCGAUGGCACCCCCUCGCGGGAUCAUCCACCUCCAGACGAGGAAUCCGCCCCGGAUCCUUUGUCGUCGCAGGCGACACCAGGGCGGUCGUUCGUGGUCAUCAGAAAGCCUCAGUCAUCUCCGCAUCGGCUGAACGCUCUUGCAUCGGGUUCUGCACCAUCGUCAGGUCCUAAUACCCCUAACGUGGGUUCAUUUGGACAGAAUUCAGCCAACGCUCGCGCACAUAACGCGACUGCAUAG